AUGGGAACGAUACUACGCCAGAAAAUUGUGGCUGGAAUCCCCGCGUAUGCCACAGAUUUGGCAUCACAAAAUUCAUGGGGCCAUAUCGCAAUGCACAAUCUCUGGAACAAUUGUCUGCAAUUAUUUAUAUGCAUAUUUCUUGCUGUCACAGGGGCUAUGCGCGACACGUCGCUGCCUGCACACACGGUAUGCGACAUGGCAUUUCCGCUAUCGGUGUAUUAUAAAAGACUGCAAUAA